AAUCCAUCAUCACGAAAGAUCAGCCAGGCGUGUUCGAAAUCAGGCAGCCCUUCUGAUACAGGACAGACCGCAGCGCAGACAGAUCCAUCGAUCGUCACAGAGCUUGCCCUGACAUGUCGGGUGCUCUAUUGCUUCCUGGACCCAUCGUCCAGUGCAUCAUAUGCGCUUGAUCAGCAGCAACAUGAGCAUGGCAUGUUAUGCCGCAGUCGGCUGCUGCUGCUGCUGCUGCUGCUUCUGCUGGCUGUUGCUGGCCGCUGCCUUCUCGGCCUUUUCUUUCAGCUUCGGAUCGUACACAUCGCCAUUCUCAUCGACCUUCAGGAUACCCUUUCGGAUGCUUUGCCAAGUUGCCUUGCACGCUCGGUAGUCUCGGAACUGCUGGGAGCAUGGCCGCCAAUAUCGCUCACUGGAAGCACAGUCGGUCGAGGAUUGAACUCGGUUAGGCCGCUGCCGGGGCAGGGAUCAUCCUGCAGGACGGCCGCUCCCUUCGCUGAGGUUCGCGGGCGGAGAGCCGCAGAGCCAGGACCGGUCAAACAGCUUUGCUGCUCGCUGCCACGUUACCGAUCGUAGUCGUACGCCUUGAU